AUGGUACCAUCUAAUUCUGAAUCAUCUAAUUUUAAAAACAACCGAUAUUCACAACUAGCUCCUUUAAAUUUACCUUCAACCUUUGACUCCUCAACAAAAUCAUUACCAGUGACACCAAUCGCAACUCAAAUAUCACCAAGAUCUUUUACUUCUAAUGGGUCAUCAGCUUCCAUUUCGCCUGAUCAAAUAUUUUUUGUUGGUUCAAACGCAUUUCCUCUUCCGAAACAAUUAACACCAAAUGGUGAUGGAUCGUCGUCAUUGAAACGAGAAGAUAUCAAUGAAAAUUUAAUUGAUUUCAGUGUUGAGAUUGAAUUAUCUACUCUUGAUCCAUUCGAUCCAUUCAAACAACCUAAUCAAUCACCAGUACUACCAUCUAAAUUAGACAACGUCAUUCCAAAUACACCUGAUGUUGUUAUACAGAACACCAAUACACCAGUAUCACCGGUAGCAUCAACUGUUUCUUCUUCGUUGCCAUAUCCGAUUAAAUUACGUUUAAAAUUAGCAGCAUGUUCGGAAUUGAAACCAAUCAGUCAAUUUGUUCAACAAAUUCGAAAUGAACGUCAAUCCCAACAGACAUCAACAGAUGGAAUAUUUUAUUGUAAACGUGUUCAACGUUUAACUUCCCAACACAUCGAACAAAAUCAAUUACCUGUUAUAUUAUAUAUAUUUACUGAUAGUUCAAAAGAACCAAUACGUUUAACAAAUAUAAGUUUACAAUCUACAGUUGCACAUAUUUUACAUCAACUACAUGAAAUAUCUCCAUUUGAUUAUGAUCAAUCAAUACUUAAAUUACGUUCAUGUGAAGAAUAUUUACGUCAUGAUGAUGCUUUAUGUGAUAUUGAAUACGUUUAUAACUGUAUUCAUUCAUUAAAACAACUUCAAUUUGUAUUAGUUAAAAAACCAAUUUGUAUAUUUCAACCAAAACAAGAUAACAUAAGUUUUGAACAAUUUUGUUUGAAUCAACGAGAAAAAUAUUUUCAAAUAAUGAAACAAACAAAACUAUUGCAAACUACGAAAUCAUUAAACAAAAUGAAACAAAAAAUAUCUCUGGAUCAAACUCGUGCAUUUCUAUCUUCAAAUUCUCAAUGGUUAGAAGAAUUUCGUCAAAAUAUUAAUUUAACACUAAAACAAAUUGAACAAAGUUUUAAUCGUUUAACUAAUCCAAAUUCAUUUAAUUUAUUAAUAAAUGAACAAAUCAAACUAAUUCAAGAAUUAAUAAGUGAUAGUAAAACUAUUCAAAACAUAUGUUCAGAUAUUCAAUCACCAUUAUUUAUUGAUAAACAACGUGAAUUAAAAUUUUAUACUGUACAAUUAAUAAAACAAUCACAAAAUGAAAAUGAAAAUGAACAAGUAACAAAUUCACAAAUCCCUGAAAAUUUAUUACGAUUACUUUAUGAUUUACUUCUUACACUUAUAAAAUAUAUUCAAGCAUAUUGUCAAGCAUUUUUAAUUCCUUAUGAAGUAGAGAUUUAUAAUGAUGAAAAUGAAUCAAUUGAUAUUGAACAAGUUAAAUCACUGUCAACAAUAACAAUUCCUAAUCGACGUUCAAUAACUGAAUCAGCAGAAUUCUUUAGUGUUCACAUCGAUGGUCUUUUUUCUUUACCAUCAAACAUCAAAACAGUUCGUGUUGUUGUUCGUCUUUGCUAUGGAAAUGAAACAAAAGCAAAACAAACGACAAGAUUAAUGUCAUUUAUACGUAAUAGUCAAGAAAGUUCUUCACAAAUUCAUUUUGAUCAACGGCUUAUAUUUGAUGGUAUACAUCUAUGUGGUUUACAACGUGAAGCAUUACUUUUAUUUGAAAUUUAUGCUAGUUUUAUUGAUGACCCUGAUUCAUCAUUAUCUUCAUUAGUUUUUAAUGUUUGCGAUGGAAUUUCAAUGCGUCUUAUUGGUUGGUGUUCACAAGCAUUAUUUGAUUAUGAACAUAAUCUUAUUAGUGGUGAAUAUUAUUUAGGUAUAAUUGAUGCUACAACAACAAAUCGAACAGGUUUUUAUUCACUGAGAAAUGUUUUGGAUCGUGAUUGUCCAAUAUUAUCUAUAACAUUUCCUCAUCAAUCAUUCUUUUUACCAGAUGUUCAAACUAGAAAUGAUACAUGUGCUAAAAAUUUCACUAAAAUUACUCGAGAUAAACAAGAAUAUUUAUGUCAAUUACUUGAUCGACGAAGUUUAUUGUUAAAUGAUUAUAGUGUAAUGAUAAAAAAUGAGACUUCCAUAGAUAAUCAAAAGCAGCAAUUAUCACCAAACAUGUCAGAUGAAGGUAUGUUGAAUGAAACAUAA